AUGGACAAGCUGAGCAACGUGGAGCAGACGCAGCUCAUCUUAGCCCGGUUGAUGGAAGGUGGUCAAGAAGACGACGAGACUUGUCGCGAACUUGAUCGCCUUACCAAGUUGUUAAACGACGAUGCUAAAGCUAAAAAUGAGAACCAAUCUAUCUGCGACGUCAUCGACGACGUAUGUGUCGAUACAAUACUUGGUUAUCUCGACAUGAGACAAGCAGAUUCGGUCCGCGGUCACGCCAUCUUGACCGCUUCGGCGUAUCUUAAAGCGGCCGGGGAUAAAGGGAAAGACGCUCUUCGCAAGUUCUUUUUCGACCGAAUCCAAAGAGGGACUUACGACGACUAUAUCGUCGCCUUUUGUGUCGCUGCCGCUAUAUUCCCCAUCGCCCCGGACGUAACGGCUGACAUAUUCCUCAACGAAGGCUUCUUACCCACAUUGGACCCCUUGAUGCGACGAAAAUGGAAAAGCAGAAAGGUCGAGACGGCAUGUCUGGAAAUGCUCAACGCUGCUUCCAUGCAUCCGUCGUGUCGCGAAGCUAUCAAUAAGUACUGCGCUGACUGGCUGGAAGAGGUUGUCGACCAAGAUCCGGACGAAUUAGCUAAGGCCACCUACACGGCAGACCCUCAGAUUCAGGUUACAGAAGGUUCGAUCGCCAUGAGGAGACACUCGGUAGCAGUUCAAAACCUGGCCGCGGUUGUCUUGGCGAAAUUGAGGGCGGUGCCAUCGUCGGCGCAACAAACGGCAGAAGGAUCCGAAAGUAGGAUACAACAAGCGAACACCAGUAUCGAAGACCUAUCAAAGAUGUUCAGUACGAUGAUACUAAAGGACCCGGAGAGUGACAAACGGUAUUCGGUGGAGGGCUUAGCUUACGCGACAAUUCAACCUGGAAUCAAGGAAGAGGUCGCACACGACACGAAGCUUUUGAAGGCUCUGGUCAAGAUCUUGAGUGAUGCUCCUGUAAAGUCGCCGCUUACUUACGGAGCUUUAAGCAUCUUUGUGAAUCUAACUCGCUAUCAACCAGUGCAAUCUGAGGAGGAGAAGAAAAUGACUCAGCUGAAGGCAUACGCCAACGCUGCCGGAAAGCUGGGAGCACCAAACCCGCUAAACGAUGACAACCACGUCACGGAACGGUGUAUGCGGGUUUUCGAAGCCGGUCUCGUACCCGUUCUAGUAACCCAUAGUAGGCACGGUUCGGUUGCCUCGCUUAACCUCAUCGUGUCGAUUAUCUCUGCAUUGUCAGUUACGGCCAGCUUACGGGGCCAGCUAUCGCAACAAGGUGCCGUUAACCUUCUUAUCGCGGCCGCCUCGGCUCUACCAGAUUCCGAAUCGCAAGCAAAACGAACAGCAGCCCAAGCGCUCGCUCGUAUACUAAUCAGCACAAACCCCGCCCUCGUAUUCGGCGGCACGCGCGCUCGUCCGCAGAACUCGGCAAUCCGGCCGCUCGUCUAUAUACUCACUCCUGACCCCACAACCGAAACCCGAGAUCUCUUACCGACGUUCGAGGCGCUGAUGGCGCUUACUAAUUUAGCAUCUACGGACGACGAUACACGAGUGACGAUUAUUCGUAACGCAUGGCCAGAGAUCGAGGAGUUGAUGUUAUCAUCCAACAAUCGAGUAUCAAAAGCUGCCGUGGAAUUAAUAUGCAACCUGGUGCAGUCCGUCGAGGGUAUCGCUCAGUACGCGGACGAUACCCCACAAGCCGCUAACCGGUUGCAUAUUUUACUCGCACUUGCGGACGCAGAGGAUGAAGGAACGAGGAGCGCCGCCGGUGGUGCUUUGGCAUCUCUCACGGCAUACGACGCCGUUGUGACCGGCAUUCUCAAAAGGAGGCGCGGGGUCGAAGCGGUCCUGGGUUUAUGCGGCGAGAAGAGCGAAGAUCUGCGGCAUCGAGGGGCAUUUGUUGUGUACAACAUGGUUGCAUGCGAGGGAGAAGCAGGUAAGGCGGCACGGAAGGAGAUCAAGGAGAAGAACGGAAUUGAGGUUUUAAAGGAGUGCACGAAGAGUAGUCGGAGGGCCGAAGUUGUCGAGGUCACGGUUCAGGCUCUAAAGGUCUUACUUGAGCAGCAGGAUUAG